GCAGCAUCCCCCCGGGGGGGUUCUGGAGCGAUGAUAGCGCAGCAGCGAAAAAUCCGCCCCUCACGCCGUCCGCUCUUGGCGCUCCUCUACCACAGCGGUGCUGAAGCUGAGGGUGCUGUGUGCUGCUCUGCUACAAGUUCAGCCAGUCACUCUUGUUGCUGCAGCGUGGAGAGAGCAAGCCUUUUACGGCGCGGUACCGCUGCGGAAACACACAGCGCGCUCUUUGUUUGUAUACAACACUGCACAGAAAGUGACUUUGAUAACACAUAUAUUUAGUGUUUACAUCUUAGACGCAGGCACGUCGUUUUCACAAGGAUGCAACGGGGAGAGAGCGUGUGACAAGAGGCUUUUGAGUGAUUUGGUCCUGUGUGGAGUUUUUUGUCGUUGUGGAUGGAUAAGGCGCGUGCACGUCCAGAAGGAGAUGGUUUUCUGAUGACUGUGGAUUGAAUGGAGCUGCGGAAUUGAAGUAAAUUCAUCACAGUUGAUUCAGCAGGAGAGAUGCCCAAAUAUCCUAACGGAAAAGCAAUACAGGAGUUUUGUUUUUUCUAAUUGCUCUGAAGGCUCUCGUUCAUAACUCGACGAACUGUAACGAGGAGACAACAUCUCAAGCUUCUAACAAAUUAAGAUAUUAUUUUUUUUAAUUAAGAAUUGAAUAGCGAGUAAAAUGGUGAGAAAUAUUUGUAAUGCAUGGAUGGGAAUUUAGCAUAAUCACAACUUAUCGAUUACACAAGACAUUUUCUUGAAGACCCGGUGUUUUUUCAUAGAUAAGUCGGUUUUUGCUUGAAGAAUGGCGGUUAAUACAGAUCCCGAGUUUGAGAAAGCCGCUUUGGGAGAGAGUGCCGCCGCGCAGGCCCCCGAGUCCCACGAGACAGAGAAACUUCUUAGCGCCACCACCACCGAGCCCGGGGGCAAUGGGAUGAAGAUGUCAAGCUCCUUCACCGUAAAUAUGGGCAGCGACAAAGCCUUGGAUGCUGACCAAAACGGUCACAGUGUGCCACUGAGGUCUGGGUCCGCAGGGCACAUAGGGGGGGCUCCGUUGUCCCCGUCCCGAGUCAGUUUAAGUCGCACUUCCUCCGCCGGGAAUGCAGCGCCAGAGCCACAGCAGCCCAAAGACUAUCUUAUAUUGGUUAUUUUGUCGUGCUUUUGCCCCGUCUGGCCCGUCAGCAUCGUUGCACUGGUAUAUUCAAUUAUGUCCAGAAACAGUCUGCAGCAGGGUGACGUGGAUGGUGCACAGAGACUGGGACGUCUAGCUCGCCUCCUCAGUGUCGUCUCCAUCAUCCUGGGCGUGCUGAUCAUCGUCGUCUACGUGGUAGUUACAGUCACAAGCAGUAAAGAAAAACAGUAAAGACAUGGAGCAGGGCGAGCCUCACUUCAGAUGAAACGAAAACUCAUCAACAGCAGCAAAAAAAGUAGAAAAAAUGCAAAGCCACGUAUAAUUAGACAAUACCUCCUCCUCAGCAGCAAUCAAAAAAGGGGAAAAAAGGAAAAAAAAAACAGAUGCAAACACGAGGAAAUUCAUAGAUGCAAGUAAUGCAUGCUUUAGGGUUACAAUAUGCUUGACGAAAAAUAAAAAUAAAACCUGAUAUACUCUCCAACGUGUCAAAAAGUAAUUAGUGGUUAUGACUUGCAUUCAGUAAAUAAGCCACAACAGAGGAAAAAGCUGAAAGAUGUUUCUCAGCUGAAUAAGGAAAAGCAAUGGACCUGAUAGGAACCUGAUAGGAACCAAUGGUCUUUGCAUUCUAACCAUUUUAUAGCCCCAGCUGACUGAAAUAUAUGAAUAUAUUUGCAGCAUACAUAUUAUAUAUAUAUACACAUGAAUAUAUAUUGAUGUACAUUUUUAAAGAGAUUUGUAUGCAGUGGUUGAUCUGGCUACAGGCAUCUGCCUUGGUGACAGAUACACUGCUGCUGCUCCUGCUAACUGUAGGAUUCACACAGUCGGGCAAGAUGGAUGGGGAAAGGGAAAGCAUGAAGAUGGGGAGUGGUUUUUAUUUUGGCCAAUUCUUUUGUAGCAUUUCAUUCCAAAUAGACCAUAUGCAUGUCUCUCUCAAGCACAGCAAGCCUAAGGCCAAUUUCCUUAUUCAAAGGGAAACUGACUUGAUGGAGAUUGUUAUUUACGUCUUCUGUGCCGACGGAAGAGGGUGAGGCCCCAAUGAUCAGUGGAUAAUGUACAUACGGGUGAGAUCAGUGCUAGUUACCCCCAAUUCCACGUCUUCACGUUGUCUUUGCCUUGCUGUGCGAGGGGCUCGCCUAUAUCGAUAGCGCAUGCCGAGCCUGUAUGAGCCUGAUCCGCCCCAGAUGCCCCCCGUGCAUGGGUGCAAGACAGGAGGCAUGAAGACCCCCCCCCCCCACCCUCGCCCCAGACCCAGACCCAGUCAGGCCUUCCCUACUCACAACCUGUAUUUGUACGAUAUAUAUAUAUAUAUGUAUAUUUAUAUAUCCACAUUUAUGUAUUCGCACAAUAUAUAGGCAUGCUUUGAGCAAACAGUACACCAUCACUCGAAAAAAUCCCUGUUGCAGGUGGGCCUUCUAGCAUCUGCAGGGCGGUCCCACUGGGCCUGGAGACACUAUAUGGUCUUAAUAGUGCUGCAGUGAGCACUCCAAUCUGUCACAUCGUUUAAAAAGAAACCCAUUUGGUUUUUUUCAACUCACGGCCAAAAAAUCUCCACACCGACCCCAGCGAGAAGAUUUUGUUCUAUUGAAAAGGUGAAUGGGGGUCUUUAAUAGAGUUUGGUCAGCAUGAUAAAUAUCGCUCAGUCCUGGUUUGGAUGUAUAAGAACACAUGAACAGCAAACACACCGAUUACACUUAAGGCAGUAGCUCUCUUACUGUAGGCACUUAUGUGGUGUUUGGAAUGAAAUUGGAGAAAUAUUUCCUGGGUUUAUGUCUUUGAGGUCACAUCUGCUGAGUCGAGCAGAGGACUCCCCAUUCAAAGAUCCCUGGAGAUGAAGAGCCUCGGGUGUACUGAUCGAAUUCCUUCUCUGCCCCAAGUAUAGAUGACAAAGCACUUGAUACUCGCUGAACAUCCCCCAUCCAUCGAAUGUCACUGGAAAUGGUAGCUAAAAGACCUCAGUCACGCCACACUUUUUUGGACCAAAAAGGCACCUUCACCAUGUUGUUAUUCAUCACUCUUCUAUCUGUGAACCUCAGACAUUUUCAAUGUCUUGUUUUCCGGCACCAGAUAUUUUAGUGACCUGUAUUUAUCAAAGGCCUUUCCAUCCUCGUCUAAAGAGCGUGAGCUGGUGAGCUGUAGUGGAAUUGGAGUGAGAAAUCUAAAAGUAACUGCAAAAUCAACAACCUGUCAGAACCACACAUUUCAUUGAUAGUGCAUACUAAUAGUUAUUUUUUUUUUUUAAGACAAGGGCCAGAAUAAAAUGUAAGAAAAUGUCAAUGACGUCCAAAUCAUUACUAUGUUUUUCCACUGAAGAGAAUGAUUUUGCAUACUGUCUUGUACAUUGCACAUAUCUUCGAAGACUGUUCUUGCCAAUUCUUAGUCAUUCACUGCUAAUACCUUGAAUUAAAUGCAUCAAGUACGUGCUGUUCAGUGUCUGUAAAACAGUGACUUUAUAUCCAAGUAUCUUUUUAGCAGUUUAGUUCUCUUUUGGACAUGUAUGUUUUUCAGACCUUUAUUGUGUACCUUUUGCAUGUAUGGAAUAAACGUUAACAUGCAUGGUCAA